CUCUCUUUCUUUCUCUCUCUACUGUGUCUUUUCUGUUCUCCUCUUUGGUUCGUCUGCUUAAAUUUGGGCAUUGCCUGCCACAAAUUUCUCCCCCUCUCUCUCUCUCUCUCUCAUCUGCCUGCCUUAAAUUUUCCAUCUUUUGGCCUCCAUUUCGUUCUUCUUGUUCUGGUUUCAUCUGGGUCUCGGGCUGGUUCAGGAGCUGAUGAGAAAAUGAAGCCAUGACGUGAACGGGUCUGGUCCUCUCGUCGUGGCUUCGAACUCUCGACGGCUUUUCUUGACCCUUUUGCCUUCCCGAUUCCUCCUCCGCGGACAGCUGGUGUUUGAUUUCUGAAAAUCUCCGUGUUGGUGAAGAUCCUUGGAUUUUUGGAGGAUCUUGAUUUCAAAAUUCGAUCUUGAUAAACGGGUUUCGACUGUUUUUGGUGGAAACACCUUUCCGGGUCAGAGCUUCUGGGUAUUGAGAGGCUCAUUCAGGCGAUGGAUUCCGCGAAAACAGCUGAUUCUGGAGGAGCGAGAACACCAGAGAUGCCGAGUUCAAAGAUUAAGGGCUCCGGGAAUUUGAGCAGCAAGGACAUGUUUUUGAGGGCUGACAAGUUCGAUCUGAGGAGUCUGGACAUUCAAUUGGAGAAGCAUCUGAGCAGGGUCUGGUCAAGAAGCGUCAUGGAGAACCAGAGGCCUAAAGAAGAGUGGGAGAUUGAUUUGUCCAAAUUGAAUAUCAGAUAUGUUGUGGCUCAGGGUACUUAUGGCACUGUGUACAGGGGCACGUAUGAUGAUAAAGAUGUUGCAGUGAAGUUGUUGGACUGGGGCGAGGAUGGUCUUAACACAGCAGCUGAAACUGCUGCCUUGCGGGCAUCGUUUCAGCAAGAGGUUGCUGUUUGGCACAAGCUUGACCAUGCUAAUGUGACAAAAUUUGUUGGAGCUUCUAUGGGAACUGCGAAUCUUAAAAUCCCCGCAAAGACCGGUUCUGGUGAAGCUUCUGAAUCUCAUCCAACUAGAGCAUGUUGUGUUGUUGUGGAGUAUCUACAAGGAGGGACUCUAAAACAAUACCUGAUACGGAACAGCCGCAAGAAACUUCCCUUCAAGGAUGUCAUCCAGCUGGCUUUAGAUCUCUCAAGAGGUUUGAACUAUCUUCAUUCAAAGAAGAUCGUGCAUCGAGAUGUUAAGACAGAAAACAUGUUACUAGAUUCGAGAAGGAAUCUGAAAAUCGCUGAUUUUGGAGUUGCACGUGUCGAAGCUCAAAAUCCAGGAGAUAUGACCGGUGAAACUGGCACCCUUGGUUAUAUGGCUCCUGAGGUUCUUGAUGGCAAGCCAUAUAAUCGAAGUUGUGAUGUCUACAGCUUCGGCAUAUGUUUAUGGGAAAUUUACUGUUGUGAUAUGCCAUAUCCGAAUCUAAGUUUUGCCGAUGUCUCAUCUGCAGUGGUUUUGCAGAACUUGCGACCUGAAAUUCCUCGAUGCUGCCCUGGCGCUCUGGCAAACAUCAUGCGCAGAUGUUGGGAUGCAAACCCAGACAAACGUCUGGAAAUGGAUGAGGUGGUCCAUUUGUUGGAGGCCAUCGACACCAGCAAAGGCGGAGGGAUGAUUCCCGAAGAUCAGGCUCGCAGCGGUUGCUUCUGUUUCCGUCCAGUUCGUGGUCCUUGAUUUUUUUCCCCCCUUCAAUUUCAGAAAAUUGAAGAAGGUGGAGUUGUGAAAGAUGCCAUUCUCUUUUUUGUGUUGAUUAGGUGAUUACUACAUUAACUAUUUGUAGUUCAGUUGAAUUAGGUCGAAAGGGGAUUGAUCAGUAGUGCUUUUAGAGAGCUAAAACUGGUUUAAGUUUUAUUGCUCUUUCCUAUUUAGGUUAUUUAAUGGAGUGAAUCAUUCUUCUAGUCCCGUGGAAAAUGCUUUCUUCUUGCUUAGAUUCUAAGCUAAACAACAGGGUUAUUCUUGUUCA